UUUUCUGGCAGAGUUGUGCUUGUGUUUUUCUGCAGGGAAGGAUGGCUCGUACUAAGCAGACCGCUCGUAAGUCCACCGGUGGGAAGGCGCCUCGUAAGCAGCUGGCUACUAAGGCUGCCAGGAAGAGCGCUCCAGCCACCGGCGGCGUGAAGAAGCCUCACCGCUACCGCCCUGGCACUGUGGCUCUCCGCGAGAUCCGCCGCUACCAGAAGUCCACCGAGCUGCUGAUCCGCAAGCUGCCCUUCCAGCGCCUGGUGCGUGAAAUCGCCCAGGACUUUAAGACCGAUCUGCGCUUCCAGAGCUCGGCCGUGAUGGCCCUGCAGGAGGCGAGCGAGGCUUACUUGGUGGGCCUCUUUGAGGAUACCAACCUCUGCGCCAUCCACGCCAAGCGGGUCACCAUCAUGCCCAAAGACAUCCAGCUGGCCCGCCGCAUCCGUGGGGAGAGAGCUUAAAUCUGCCCAAACCGAUAGGGGCUCUUGCCUCAAAAACCCCAAAGGCUCUUUUAAGAGCCACCACAUGUUCUUGGGAAAGUGCUGAAUAUACAUUUAUAAAUCUA